AACGUGCGAAAAUGAAUUAAAUGAUUACUAUAGCUAUUAUAAAGUUAAUACCUAUGAGAAGCUUUACAAUAACAGCACUUUCAAAUUUCAAAAACUGCCCGGAAGGUUGCAAUUUACCUAGUUAUAUUUUCGUGGUGCAAUAUACACAUACGAAUUGCGCUUAGCAAUUGUUUUUGCCGCUCACAACGUGAUGUAUCGUGUAGUCUAGCGGUGGUGUUGGUUUUGAGAAUACAAGUGAUGUUACAACUUUUGGAAAUGCUUGUCAGUUAGUAAAUUAUCAAGUUUGAUGGACUACUACAAAAACUGAUAAAAAUUUGUUGCCUUAUAAUGUGAUACUCUGAUUGCAAACAUUAAGGGAAUAAUUGCGUAAUCUAUAAAGAGAAGGAUGGAGUCCACUACAGAUAUAAGUGAAAUAAUGUACUGUUUGCGUUCAUGGGAAGAGGAACACCAGAAUUCUUUGUACGAUCCAGUCCCAGUUCUUACGAGGAUUGCAGAGAUAAUAGAGGUAGAAACUGAUAACUACAUGAAGAUGGAUCCAGAUCCAUUUGAUGAAAGACAUCCAAUCAGGGCUGAUCCAGACUGUGCACUUGGUCACAUUUUGAAGGUUCUAUUUCGCAAAGAAAAUUUUAUGAAUAAGUUGGUGAAUGACUAUUUACGUGAUAAUUAUUACCCACGAAUGCCAAACUCAUCGAAAGAUUCAAGGAAACUCAAUAUUGCAGCAUGCCGGCUAAUGUUGGACAUUAUGCCUGGCCUGGACACUGCUGUUGUAUUUCAGCUGCCUGAAAUGGAGGCUACAAUCCUGAGGCUUUUUACUUGGGCAGAAAAAGCUGUAGAACCAUUACAAAGCUAUGCUAUAGGUUUACUUGCCUCAUCAAUGGAAGUACAGGAUAUUGCAGCAAACUUCAGAGAACAAAAUGCAAAACUUGUGCCACUUAUGCUCAAAGAACUUCAUAAAUUACAAAGCAGAGCUGCUGAAGAGCGCAGUCAAGGUGGGCCUUUGACAAGACCUUUUGCACAUCUUGGCCCUACAGUAGAUUUUGACACUGAAAUGAGAAGAGUGCCUGCACGCAGCAGACGGAAAAGAGGGAAUGAUAGUAAGGAAAAUGGAGACAAGUCCGGGUCUGAGCCACAAAACCACGUAUCUCCCUUGCAAAGCCCACCACAUCCCGUGGAGAAUAUGGAUACAUUUUGUGGAGACCGCCUGAAUGGUGUAGCUACAGAUCUCUUGAAAAGAGUUGACAGAAAGCGAUCUAGCGACUCAGAUGAUGAUUCUUCUGAAUUAUCACAUAAACAGUUAGUCAACAAUCAGGAGUGUGGUGAAAACAGCGUCAUGUCUCCACCUCUAACUACACCUGCCAGAUCAGCAAGUACAACAAACACUCCAGCCAAUACAUCAGCCAGUGAACACAGUAAUUCAUCAUGGGCUGAAAUGGAAAGCUAUGUCAUUGGUAAUAUGCAGAUGUACCCACCAACAUUAUCCACAAGACAAAUUUUAAUCCUGCGAUAUCUAACCCCUAUGGGUGAAUAUCAAGAGUUCCUUGGUCAUGUUUUUGAACACAAUGCCCUGGAGUUAGUACUCAAGUACACAAAUGUGAGAGAGACUAAGGAUUCCAGAUUGGCAUUUGAAGCACUAAAAUACCUGGCAGCUUUGCUGUGCCAUAAAAAGUUUUCUAUCGAAUUCAUUAACAUGAGAGGCUUGCAGGCUUUGUUAGAAGUUCCUCGGCCCAGUGUCGCAGCAACUGGAGUUUCUAUAUGUCUAUACUACUUAGCCUAUUGUGAAGAUGCCAUGGAGAGAGUAUGUCAGUUACCACAUCAUCUUAUAUCAGAAUUAGUUCGGUACUCGUUGUGGUUGCUCGAGUGUUCUCAUGAUUCAGGAAGAUGUCAUGCAACAAUGUUUUUUGGGCUAUCAUUUCAGUUUCGGGUAAUUCUCAUGGAAUUUGAUGCACAAGAUGGUCUCCGUAAAUUGUAUAACUUGAUCAGUACUCAACCUAUCUUGUCUGUAGAGGAAGAAACAACACUAAAUGAAGAUGAAGAGAAUUCAGCAAGACAAAUUGUGAGGCAUGUUUGUGUUGCUUUAAAGCGUUACUUAGAGGCUCACUUAUGUAUAAAAGCUGAAAGCGUGCGAAGAAAUCAGCUCAGGGAAUCUGGAGGACAAAUGGAACUUGGACAGCUCCCAGCAAAGUUGAAGACAAACCCUGAAGAAGUUAAAGAGCAAGUACAGCUAUUAUUUGAAAACAUGCCUUUUCGGGCACAUUGGGAACCUGUUGAAGAGCUGAUCCGUUUGGGAGGAAUAACAUUACUGCUGCAAAUUAUUGCAUUUGCAUAUGAAUGGAAUUCAUCUGGUGGCAGAGCAGCAUCAGGUACUGCUGAAAUGGUCCGUAGUGCUCUUGAUUCACUGGCUAUAUGCAGUGUCAUGCCACGAGUACAGGUGAUGUUAGGAGACCGUGUUGACCUACCAGAUGACACAAUAACUGUUGGAACAAAUAUAAUUCUUGGAGCUGCUGAAGGUGAAAUAGUUGUUGAUGCAGAGGUGCAGAAAGCUGCUCUGAAGCUUAUUGUGAAUUGUGUAUGUGCUCCCAUCCAUAGGGUUGGUGGUAAUAUUGCCAGAUAUUCAGUGUCUGGUUCAGGGAAAAAGAAGACAAAUUACAGAACCAGUGAAGAACUUAUUGCCAAAGUGUGGGAAAGUGUUCGAUCAAAUAAUGGAAUCAUGGUCUUGUUACAGUUAAUGAUGGUAAAAACACCAAUAACGGAUGCUGACUCUAUUCGUGCACUAGCCUGUCAGGCUCUAGCAGGACUGGCAAGAAGUGAGACAGUCCGGCAAAUAGUUGGAAAACUCCCUCUUUUUACAAACGGACAGUUGCAGUUAUUGAUGCGAGAUCCAAUUCUUCAAGAUAAACGUCAAGAACAUUUUAUUUUCCAGAAAUAUGCUCUUGAGUUAAUGGAAAGAGUUUCAGGCAAAGCAAAGCCCUCUGGUACAGAGCUUGAGAUUUCCCUCGCUAAUAUGCAUAGGGCAAGUGUAGUCGCACAGACUCGAAUCCAGUAUAAUGACAAACAGCUGUAUCAACUCAUACAUCAGCAUUUACUAUCAAGAGGCCUGACUGACUCAGCUGCAAUACUACAUAGAGAAGCAAAUCUCCCAGGAGCCCCCUUAAAAAUUGGCCCUUCAUCAAACUUUCCUCCCAAUCCAUACAGAGUAUGUUCUACACCGCCGGGACCCUUGAGGCCAAGGCUUUCCAGCUUUUCUCCAGGCGUCUCUGUCUCUCAUCACCGUUCACAAAGUACACCUACUAGUGCAGCAUCUUCAAGUAAAUCUUCUAUUCCACCGUGCCAAAAUUCAUUGGUUACACAGCCCAUCAAACUUAAUUUAGCUAGUACAAGGAAAAGUGACAAAAGUGAACUGGGAAACAUUGUUAAUACAAGUACACCUAACACCACUCGAUCUUUGCAGAAGCAAAUAUCUUAUGAGCAGAGUGCUGUUGUGGCAGCAAAUCAGCUCCUGAAAAACAAUUCCGGUACACUCCCAGAGCCAAGCAUUACUCUGGAUUCCAUCAUCACAGAGUAUCUGACCAACCAGCAUGCUCUUUGUAAAAACCCAAUGGUUCCUUGUCCUCAGUUUAAUUUGUUUGUACCUCACAAAUGUCCAGACCCUAAAGCAAAAAAUAGUGCACCAACAAACUUCACGUCACGUGUGUUGAGGCGGACAUUGGGCAUUGGCUGUUUGGAGAACACGAGGCUUGAUAAAAGACUUGCACAUAGUCGUUUUUGUCCUGUGAGAACCUUCAGAAUGGGUGAUGAAGAUGGCUACUUCACUUGCUGUGCAUUUUGUCCAACAGAACAAUUUGUAUUGGUGGGAACACAUCAUGGUGAGGUCCAAAUGUAUAAUCUUCACACUGGAGUGGAGGAGAUCACAUUCCAGGUUCAUGAGUCAUAUGUAUCACACAUGCAGUUCAACAAAGAAGGAUCUCUCCUCCUUACAUCUUCUCAGUGGCAGAGGCCUUUGUCAGCAGUAUGGAACGUCAAAAAGUUUUUUGAUAAAAAAUUUGCUCUUCCAGAAGAAGAUUAUGUUGAAUUCAGCAAGUUUGUUCAAGACCGUAUAAUUGGCACAAGAAACCAUAUUGCAACAAUAUAUGAUGUUGCAACAGGCAAAAAAAUUCAGACGCUAACUCCACAAAUAUCGAACCAGUAUACAAAAAACAAAGCAACAUUUAGUCCGACAGAUGAACUAGUACUUUCAGAUGGUGUACUGUGGGAUGUUACAUCGGGCAAAGAAAUACAUAAGUUUGACAAACUCAAUCAAAAUUUAAGUGGUGUAUUCCAUCCCAAUGGAUUAGAGGUAGUCUGUAAUACAGAAGUCUGGGAUCUUCGAACAUUUCAUUUAUUACGAACUGUCUCUGUUCUCGAUCAGUGUGAAAUUAAUUUCACAAGAGAUGGCAGUAUAAUAUAUACUCGCCUGCUUGAACAAGAGACAGAAGAUGACUUGCCAUAUGAUUCAUCGUUUAAAACUCUUGAUGCAUUUGACUAUUCGUGUAUAGCAACAAUUGAUGUAAAGAAGAAUGUGUAUGACUUAGCCUGCAACAAAAGUGGAACCCAGAUCGCAAUUGUUGAAAACCAAGGUGUCCUAGACUCCGUGGAGGAGUCAUUUGUAAGAGUGUAUGAUGUGGGCCGAAGAAGAGAUGAUGAAGAUGAAGCUGCAAAUGUGGAGGAAGAAGAGGAGGAAGAUGAGUUAGAUGGCAGUGACGAUGGCUCGGCAUCACAGUCAGGUUCUGAUGAUGAGCAGCAGGAUGGAAAUGGAGGUGCAGCAGGAGGUGGUGGGGGCAAUGGAGGGGGUGGUGGUGGCGCAGCACCAGCAGGGGGGGCAGGUGAGAACAAUGGAAAUGAUGGUGACAACGGAAAUGAGAACAAUGCUGAGGGUGGAGCAAGUGAUUCAGAUGACGAACUAAUCCUCACACUUUCAGAUAGUCCAGAUACUGAUGACCUUGACGAAAUAUGGUUCCCGUGAUGAUUGUGUAUAAAAAUACUUAUUUUUUAGUGAAAUGAAAUUUCAAUGCAAUUUGUGAAUAAAGUGCCCUAAACGAUCGUGGAUUGAAUAUGACAAGUGAAGACUGGUUGGAAUGACUUUUUGUAACACAUUGUGUUGUGAAAUGCAGUGAUACAGCAAAAAGUUGUCUGUGGAUUACUUUAGAAAUUAUGUUGGACAGGUCUGGGAUAUGAGAGUAUUCAAGACGUAUUAAAUGUUACUGACAUGUAAAAAUUGAGAUUUUUGUGACCAUUAAGGUCUUAUUUUAGACAUUUCCAGUACAGCUAGAACCAUAAAACCAGAACUGUACAUAAGACAAUGAUCAUGUUCCUGUAUUUAGGAAUGUUGUACUGAAUCUACAAUGUAAAAAUGUGGCAUGCUAUAUCAUGCCUUCAGGUGUGAAAUGAUGCCAUUUGUGUUUGAUUGUAAUGCCCAUUUGUAAUACAUUUUAUUUCAAAUAUUAUAUUUAUGUUUUUCAUACAA